GCAGUGCUGUAGAGAGAGAGGAAGGGAAAGCUGGUGCUGUUUCAGAGGCUCAGGAAGUGAUGAUGCUGGAGCUGUACUUCCGUCCAGUGGGGCAGGAAGCAUGGCGUCUCGCGCACUCUGUGGUAGUUCUCAGGAUGCAAUAUGAAAGCAGCUCUGUAUCACAUCUGCACCUUGGAUGUGAGAGCAGUCCAUCUCAGGGCAGAAUCAGCUUCAGAAUGACUGGCUCACUGGAACGUGUCCAUUAGCUAUGUCAUGCUGAAGUACCCGACUCCUCUGUACUCCCAUGCUGGUCAUGGGCCUUUCUCAGAGGUAUAUGAGCCAGCAGAAGACUCUUUCCUUUUGAUUGAUACCUUGGAGAAGGAUGCUGAAUUGCUGCGGCGAAGCAAGCCUGCUGUCUGCCUUGAGGUUGGCAGUGGCUCAGGUGUGGUCUCUGCUUUUCUGGCAUCAGUAACCGGAGCUGAAGCAUUGUAUCUCUGCACUGACUUGAACCCGGCAGCAGCUCAGUGCACAGCAGAGACAUCUCGCCGCAAUAACCUCCACCUGCAGCCAGUUAUAACCGACCUGACUGAGUGUCUGAUGCCCAGACUGAAUGGAAUGGUGGAUGUUCUUCUUUUCAACCCUCCAUAUGUAGUUACACCAUCCGCGGAGGUGGGCAGUCAGGGCAUUGAAGCAUCCUGGGCAGGAGGAAAGAGAGGCAGGGAGGUGAUGGACAGAUUCUUCCCCAUGGUUUCACAGUUAUUAUCCAAACAGGGCCUGUUCUACCUUGUUACAGUGUCAGAUAACAAUCCAGAGGAGAUUCUGUCUCUGCUUGGUGACUCCGGGUUAAGAGGAGAGGUGUGUCUGUCUCGUCAGGCGGGGAGAGAAAAGCUGUCCAUCCUGCGCUUCAGCAAGAGUGACAUCACAGGACCGUGAAUAACACAACUGCACUACAUACUGACUGAAAUCCUCUCUGUAUUCCCAAAAGCAGAGUGAAGCAAGAAAACAAUAAGCGAUUUGAGUGGCAGUCAAAAUCAGUAAAAUUAACUUCCAUGUAAAGUUACUGUUAUCUCAAGAAAACAAUACACACUGUUCUUGCUUGAC